AGCAGCGCCCGCCGCCCGCGCUGCGGCUCGGUCGCGCCGGCCCCGCGGGCUCCCGCCGCCACCAUGCAGCCCCCCGCCCUCGGCAUCCUCCUGCUCGUCGCCUGCUUCGGCAGCGCUCGGGGAAACCUCUCCCGCGACGAGAGCCAGCCCACGACGUCGGACGAGACGGUGGUGGCCGGGGGCACGGUGGUGCUCAAGUGCCAGGUGGAGGAUCCCGAUGAUUCCUCGCUCCAGUGGUCCAACCCUGCCCAGCAGACCCUGUACUUCGGGGAAAAACGAGCCCUGCGGGAUAACAGGAUCCAGCUGGAGAGAUCCACCCCCAACGAGCUGACCAUCAGCAUCAGCGACGUGGUGCUGGCCGACGAGGGCGAGUACACCUGCUCCAUCUUCACCAUGCCCGUGAGGACAGCCAAGGCCCUGGUCACCGUGCUGGGGAUCCCCCAGAAGCCCCAGAUCUUCGGCCACGAGCAGCCCAUCGAUGAGGAGAAGGUGGCCCGGCUCAUCUGCCGCUCCUCCGGCAGCAAACCCGCGGCACAGCUGCGCUGGAGGAAGGGCAACAGGGAGCUCAAGGACUCAGGCACAGAGGUGGUGGAGGACCCCAACGGCAAGACCUUCACAGUGACCAGCAGGGUGGAGUUCCGUGUCACCAAGGAGGACAACGAGGUGGAGGUCACCUGCACGGUGGACCACGAGUCCCUGCAGAACUCGGAGAGGUCAACCACGCAGAAGCUGCAGGUCCACUACAAGCCAACAGCGAAGAUCGAGCCACACCCGCAGUACCCGCGGGAGGGGGAGAAGCUGCAGCUGCAGUGCGACGGGCAGGGCAACCCCAUCCCACAGGAAUUCCUCUGGGAGAAGGAGGGCAGCGAUGCUCCCCUGCAGCUCAGCUCCGAGAGCGUCCUCAUCUUCCCCUUCCUCAACAAGAGUGACAGUGGCACCUACGUGUGCACGGCCACCAGCUCCAUGGGCAGCGUGGUGGCCAAGUACAACCUGGACGUCAGUGAUCUUCCCCAGCUCCCCACCCCACACGUUCACUCCACUCCAGCCCCUCCGCCAGGCCCUUCCCAGCCCAUCUCUCAUUCUUCCAUGGCCUCCGCUCCAUCCUUCACUCCAGCUCUCAUCCAAGACGCCAGCCCGGUGCCCUCGACCUCCAGCACCUACCACGCGAUGAUCGGCGGGGUGGUGGCUGUCAUCGUCUUCCUGCUGCUCAGCCUCCUCAUCGUGCUGGGACAUUACCUGAUCAGGCACAAAGGUUUGUGCCCAGGCCCUGGGGACACGGUGCCACCCCGCCAUCGGCCACCCCCUGUGCUGAUGUGCACGUACCUGACCCACGAGGCCAAGGGCUCUGACGAUGCUCCGGACGCCGACACCGCCAUCAUCAACGCCGAGGGCGGCCAGGCCGGCGGCGACGACAAGAAGGAAUAUUUCAUCUAAAGGGGUCAGAGAGAGAGAGAGAGAGAGAGAGAGAGAGAAAAAUGGAGCCAAGAGAACCCCGAUGGCAACGGCAACCAGACCACAAACCCCACAAAACCCAACAGAUUUUCUCUGGCGCCCGGCACGGGCGGACGGACAGACAGAGGGAUGGCGGGACAGAGAGCAGGGAGAGCCACCGGCCUCGAAGCGCUGCCGACGCUUCUUGAACUUGUACAAAUCGUUCACUCCGACAGCGAGAGCCCCGGCCCCGUUUGCUUGCUUGCACCUCCAUCCCCACGCCCCCAAACCCACAGACCAAACCCGUGAGUGAGCGACUUCUUCCUUCUUCCUUUGGACCUUUUUGCUUUGGUUUCGUGGCUGCUCUUUGCUUCGGGCCCUUGGUUGGGGUGUUGGGCUGGGGUCGAUGUAGCUCUUCCCUUUGUUUCUCUCCGUUUUGGUUUCUUUGAUAUCCAAGGAUAAAAUCAGCUCCGGGCUCCCGGGGCAAGUUUGGGACCUUGGGUGUCCCCGUUGUCACCCCCCCGGUGCCGGGGGUGGCUCCAGCUGGGAGCAGAGAGAGACCCUGCCCCGAUUUUAUCCUUGGUGGUUCUUGUGGAGCAGUGUCCAUGCGGGAGCAGAGCUGUCCUCGUGCAGUCAGUGUGUGAAAGGGGGUGAAAGCCCAGGGUGGGACCCCCGGAGAAGAGCGGGAGCCCCCACAGCUCCCUGGUCCCACCCCAGCGGGAGGGGGGAGGGCUGAGGUUUAUUUUGGGGGGUCAAAUCCAGAGGAAAAGACCCUGAUUUUUUUUAUUUUUCCUAAAUUUUCUGAUUGGAAAUUCCAAUUUUAACCAUCUAUUGAGAUGUUCAGUGCAGGAGGCAGCGCCCCUGGGGCUGGGGCUGCUUCCUUGGGACCCCCUGGAGCAGGGCUGGGGUCUUUCUGCCCCCCUUCCCCUUCCCAGGGCAGGGAUGAGCUUGGAAAGGGCUGAUUUUCCUCUUGGCUCUGAGAGCCCCAACCAACAGCGGCCAAAACAACCGGAUUUGGGAUCUGGGGAGUUCAGGGAUCCCCACAGAGGCUUGGGGGGGGGGUUGGCUCAUCCUUCCUCCUUGCCCUUCCUCCUGCCUCUUCCACCAUCCCUUCCAGAACAAAACCAAACACCUUUCCCAACCUCUCCAGCACAGCCCCAGCUUGGCCCCCCCAGUCAGGGGCUGCCCCCCACGGCAUCAUCAGGACACCCCAGCCUUGGGAUGAGAAUUCCUGGGAUCCCACAUCCCGCUCUGGA